CCGUCUGGAGCUGCGGCGGGAGAGGCUGCGCGGCAAGCGGAGCCGCGGGGCCGGGAGCAGGUGAUCGCAGCGGGAGACCCGCGCCCUCCCGAGUUGCGGCGCCCGAGCCCGCGCUUCCAGGCGCAGAGGCAGCCUCCUAGCCCUGAGCUGAUCGUGGCCAGCUGCAGGCUUCGCACGCGUUUCCCGGGUAUCCCUCUGCCCGCGCGAGCGUCUGAAGCCCCCGGGUCCCGCGCAGCCUCGGGAGCGGCUGCUGCGCGCGGCGGAGCAAAGUUGUGGACGUGUCCCGACCGCCGGGCCCCGCGCCGUCACCACCAGCCGGGUGCGCGCUCUAGGAGCGGCGCUCGCGCUGCAGCCCCGGGGGCUCCCGUUGCAAACUGCUCCAGAGGCUGAAACUUCGGGUGCCGGCGGGUCGGGGCCUGGGUCCUGCGCACCCUCCGCGAGGGCGUCGCGGAAGGCAUGUGACGGCUCCGGUGCGGGAAGGCGCGGGCUCCGUGGACCAAGCGGAGAGCAGGCUGCGGCGCACGGCGGGCCCGGGCUCCAGCCGAGCAGCCCCCCUCGCCCGGGCCCCGCCGAGGCCGCCGCGCCCCCGCCCCCGCGCGGGAGGACUUGCUCCAAACUCCCUGAACUUCGGGCGGGUCCCAAAGCGGCGGCCUCGGGGGUGCGCAGCCCUGCUUGGGGACCCCAGCCGCUGAGCUCUUGCUCCCCACCUUUGAGGACUCUGAGGACCCCCGGGGGCACGGGUGGAGCUGACAACCCCGUGCUGCUGGCCGCUCCGCGAUGCUCAUGAGGAAAGUGCCGGGCUUCGUCCCGGCCUCGCCGUGGGGGCUGCGGCUGCCGCAGAAGUUCCUUUUCCUGCUCUUUCUCUCGGGCCUCGUCACCCUAUGCUUCGGCGCCCUGUUCCUCCUGCCCCACUCCUCUCGCCUCAAGCGCCUCUUCUCGGCCUCGCGGACCCAGCAGCCUGGCCUGGAGGUGAUGGCCGAAGUCGCUGGGCACCACCCGCUGCCUGAGCAAGAGCCGCCUCCCAACCCUGCCCCGGCGGCUCCGGCCCCGGGUGAGGACGAUCCCGGCCGUCCGGUCAGUGUCCUCCGUAGGAAAGGGUGGCUGCGUCGCACCCGACCCACCGGGCCCCGGGAGGACGGCAACAGCGUUGCAGCCCCCAGGCCGCGAGAAGAGAGCGUGAGGUUCAGUUUCGACUACAGUGCUUUCCGCAGCCGCCUUCGACACCCAGUCUUGGGGACAAGGACUGAUGAGAGUAAGGAGUCCCAGAGUCUAGUGCGAGCUCAGCGAGAGAAAAUCAAAGAGAUGAUGCGGUUUUCGUGGCAGAAUUACCGCCGCUAUGCGAUGGGCAAGAACGAGCUCCGGCCACUCACAAAGGACGGCUACGAGGGCAACAUGUUCGGUGGCCUCAGUGGCGCGACCAUCAUCGAUUCUCUUGACACCCUGUACCUCAUGGAGCUGAAGGAGGAGUUCCAGGAGGCCAAGGCCUGGGUGCAAGACAGCUUCCACCUGAACGUGAGCGGAGAAGCAUCUCUGUUUGAAGUGAACAUCCGAUAUAUCGGAGGACUGCUCUCGGCCUUCUACCUGACGGGAGAAGAGGUGUUCCGUGUAAAGGCCAUCAAGUUGGGUGAGAAACUGCUGCCAGCCUUCAACACCCCCACAGGGAUCCCCAAGGGCGUUGUGAACUUCAAAAGUGGUAGCUGGGGCUGGGCCACGGCGGGCAGCAGCAGCAUCCUAGCUGAGUUUGGAUCCCUGCACCUGGAAUUCUUGCACCUCACUGAACUCUCCGGCAACCCGGUCUUUGCCGAAAAGGUCAAAAACAUUCGCAAGGUCCUCAGGGAGAUUGACAAGCCCUUCGGCCUCUACCCCAACUUCCUCAGCCCAGUGAGCGGAAACUGGGUGCAGCACCAUGUCUCGGUCGGAGGACUUGGGGACAGUUUUUAUGAAUAUUUAAUCAAGUCCUGGUUGAUGUCUGCCAAAACAGAUAUGGAGGCUAAAAAUAUGUACUACGAAGCCUUGGAGGCCAUAGAGACCUAUUUGGUGAAUGUCUCUCCCGGGGGUCUGACCUACAUUGCGGAGUGGCGAGGGGGAAUUCUGGACCACAAGAUGGGACACCUUGCUUGCUUCUCAGGAGGUAUGAUCGCUCUUGGUGCUGAGGACGCCAAGGAAGACAAGAGGGCCUACUACCGAGAGCUUGCAGCCCAGAUCACCAGGACGUGCCAUGAGUCCUAUGCCCGCUCAGACACCAAGCUGGGGCCUGAGGCCUUCUGGUUCAACUCUGGCCGGGAGGCGGUGGCCACACAGCUGAGCGAGAGCUACUACAUCCUGAGGCCUGAGGUGGUGGAGAGCUACAUGUACCUGUGGCGGCAGACACAUGACCCCAUCUACAGGGAAUGGGGCUGGGAGGUGGUGAUGGCCCUGGAGAAACACUGCCGGACAGAAUCCGGCUUCUCGGGGAUCCAGGAUGUGUACAGCAGCAACCCCAACCACGACAACAGGCAGCAGAGCUUCUUCCUGGCUGAGACGCUGAAAUACCUCUAUCUUCUGUUCUCUGAAGAUAACGUGCUGUCGCCAGAGGACUGGGUGUUCAACACGGAAGCGCACCCGCUGCCCAUCAACCACUCGGACAGCUCCAGCGUGGCAGGGUAUCGCCACUGACCCACCGUCUCCACGCCCGUG